UAUUCCCUUCAUGGAGCUACAAUUCUCAGAGUGGCUGAACAGUCAGUCCCAAGGAGUUCUGGAGAUUGUAACUCUGUGAGGGGAACUGGGGCCUCAGAAACCGCAGCUGCCAGGAUUCUUUGAGGGAAGCCAUGUCUGUUUAAAGUGGUAUGAUACUGCUUUAAAUGUGUUGAUGUGCAGAUGGGACCUAAGACUCAACAUCCUCCCUGUGAAUGCUGCUGGGAUUUAUACCGAUAGCUUCCAGGGAAGGAGGACAAGGCAGGCAUUCUCUGCCCUAGCAAUUGAUCAUCAUGGACAAACAGAAAGCUGUCCAGCAUUGUAGCUGCAAUUGAAGAAAGUGUUGCUGGUCAGACAAAACAAGUUAAACCAGUUGACUGAUCUAGUCUGGGAAAUCUUACAUUCCUAAAAAAACCUUCAGCUUGUGUAUUCGAGGCUUCUGGUCUUGGAGCCCCACUGGAAGAAAAAACCCAGAAAGAAGCAGUUUCUGAGGAGAAACCGAGCAGGGGAAAGGACUUUUGUACCGCUGGUUCAUUCAAGACUGUGUGGGGGUUGCAAUUCACAAUAAAAUCAAAGGAAGGACAGAACUACAAGACAACCGACACAAGAGAUGGACCUGUCUCAUAAAUUCUCUAAGAGAGAGCGCACCCUGCUAUAUGAAGAGGUCCUCUACACCAUUCUACAUCGCUUGGGCAAACCAGAACUUACCCAUGUUGCUGAUCCAGAUGAGCUGUACACAUAUGUGCAGAAGGCCUUCAAUAUGGAUCCAGAAGAGCAUGAUAUUCUACUACAGAGGGUCAAAGAGCUAGAGAAACCAAUUUUUUGUCUUAAAGCAACUGUGAAGCAAGCCAGGGGCAUUCUGGGUAAAGAUGUCAGUGGAUUCAGCGACCCAUACUGCCUCCUAGGGAUAGAAGAGAAAACUCGGGACUCUUCCAGCAGUGGUGGCUCCCGUCAAGAGAACAAAAAGCGAUCAAAGGCUGUGGUGAAGAAUCUGCUCCCUGAAGACCAGACUCACCGCACCCAAAUCAUCAGCCAGACUCUAAAUCCUGUGUGGAAUGAAACCUUUAUCCUGGAGUUUAAAGAUAUAGAGAACGCCUGGUUACAUCUAGACAUGUGGGACUCGGAUGAUGAUGUCGAAACUGUGCGCCACAAACUGGGAGAGUUGACAGACCUCCAUGGCCUGAAGAGGAUUUUUAAGGAAGCUCGCAAGGACAAAGGGCAGGAUGACUUUCUGGGGAAUGUGGUACUUCGCCUGCAGGACCUGCACGGCAGAGACGACCGCUGGUGCAGGCUGGAACCUCGCACAGAAACCUACCCCAACCGAGGACAUUGCCACCUGCAGUUCCUUUUUAUGCAUAAGAGGAGAGCCACCUCAGCCAGCAAGACACAGCCAAGCUACACAGUCCACCGGCACCUUCUUCAGCAGAUGGUUUCUUAUGAGCUUCUUCGGCACCAGGUGGGCAGCACUUCCUGGAAUGGAGAGUUGAGCAAACAUGCCAGUACAAUCUUGUAUCUGCAUGCUACACAAAAAGAUAUUUCAGACUUCCACCAGGUUAUGGCGCACUGGCUGGCUUACAGCAAGCUUUACCAGAACUUGGAGUUUGACAGCAGCUGCCUGCUUCACCAGAUCACCAGCAUAGAGUACCAGUGGGUGGAAGGUCGAUUAAGACAGGAGCAGAAUGUAGAACUGGCCGACUCUUUUCAGUGCUUGCUGGCUUAUGGGAUUUCUCUAAUCCGGAAGUACCAGAUUGUCUUUCCGCUUUCUGCUCCUAAUUCUACAAAGAAGCUACAAUCACUGCUCAGACUCUUGGUGCAGAUGUGUAAAAUGAAAGCCUUCAGAGAACUUUGUACAGAAACCCCUGACCUUCAGGAAAUGGUGACAGAGGCACUCAAGACUGGAACAGCAGAGUGGUUCCAGAUGAAGAAGCAACACCUGAAGCCAAUGGUAAAGACUAUGGAGGAGUGUGGGAAGGCCCUGGUCACUCUUCUUCUGGAGGUGAAUGCAGAUCUCCAGCGGAGCCACAAAACCUAUAACAAAUAUUUCACCAACACUGUCAGAGUGGACCUCUUCUCAAUUGCGUAUCUCGAAAUGCAGGCGCAGGUUUCCCAUUAUGUCAAGGAGCAGCUGAGAAAGAUUGACAGUGGCAUGUCCCAGCUCACAGCAGAGAGUCUUUUCCAGCUCUAUCUCAGCCUGCAGGAACUAUAUCGCAUGAAGGACCUUGUGUGCAACAGGGAAGGUCAGCUUGAACUGACAAACUACCACCAGUGGUUCAAGGAAGCCAUCCCCAAGUGGCUUCAGAAGGCAUACACCAUAGCCUUAGAAAGGACUCAGAGAGCUAUCCAGGUAGACCAGCUGACACCACUAGGAGAGCUGAAUAAGCACAGCACAUCCACGGUGGACUUAUCAACUUGCUAUGCUCAGAUGGUAAAGACCUGGCAGCAGCUGGACUGGCCAGAUCCUGAAGAGGCCUUCAUGAUCAUGGUGAAAUUUGUUGAGGACAUAUGUAAAAUUGCUCUGAUGUACUGCCGACUGAUCAAGACAAGGGCAGAGGAGUUGUCAUCAAAGAAACACAAAGAGGGAGAAGCGGCAAACAGGCUCUGCGUUGUGGUGAACAACAUCGAGCAGCUCCGCAUGAUGAUCCUGAAGCUGCCAUCCCAGCUGGACUGGGCGCGCCUGGAGCAGAAGACGGGAGCGGUCAUUGCGCCAGAGCAGAUCCAGCACACCUUGCACCACCAGCUUCAGGCUACCGUCACUUGCCUCAACAACGAGAUCCGUGGCGUGGUGCAGACCCUGGCAAGCAAACUGCAUGCUGGAAUUGCCAGGCACAUCCAGGAGCUGUACACCUGCAGCGCUUCCAGGGACCCAGAAGAUUGCAUCACCCCUUUAAUGCUAUUUUUGGAAUGUGAGCUCCAGUAUCUAAGUGGGAACCUGGUCCAAGAGAACUUCAACAGCCUCUUGGAGCUGCUGUGGAAUCACACUCUGGACAUGCUGAAAGAGGCUGCAAAACAGCAACUUGGCAACUUGGCAUACUUCAAGAAAUUGCAGUGUGCCCUCAAGAACUUGGAGCGGUGUUUUCAUGGAGAGGGCUGUGGUCUGCCAGAGGACACCCUCCACAAUGCAACAUUUACAGCUCUGGAAGAAGAACUGGACCUUUGCUCUUCCACCAGCAGAAAACUUAUCCAGAAGUACUUCAGCGCCCGAAUCCAGCAGCAGACAGAGGCUAGCCCUGAAAAAUACGGGGCUGUGACCAUCAAGGCCCUUUACCGCCACUCGGAACAAAAGCUGCGCGUCGAGGUGCUCAACGCUGUCAACCUCCUUCCCCUGGACUCCAAUGGCUUAAGCGACCCCUUCAUCCAACUGACCCUGGAGCCACGGCAUGAGUUCCCCGAGGUUAUGACACGGACAACCCAGUGCAUAAAGAACAAUCUCCACCCUCUCUUUGAUGAAGUAUUUGAAUUUUUGGUCCCUCCAAAAAAAUGCCAGCAGGAUGGGACAUGCCUGCUGCUCACCGUGUUUGACUACGACACCUUAGGAGCCAAUGAUCUGGAGGGAGAAGCAUUCUUCCCCCUCUGCAAGGUGUUGGGGCUGAGUGAGGAUGAGGAAGCCAUCAACCCUUCCAGGGUGCCGCAGACCCGAUUGUCCUUGACACAUCCCGGAACUGCUGGCGCUGAAAUCUUGAAGCUGCUGGAGACCCGCAAAGGAGACAAGGAAGCCCAGGCAUUUGUGAAGCUCCGCAGACAACGAGCAAAGCAAUCCAGGGAGACUGAGCGACAGCAGGAGCAACAAUAGGGGCUGCAACAGAAGGGACUGAGCUGAAAAGGUGCAGCAGGCAGGGCCUGUGCUGCCAUGGCGACAGCAAAUACACCAUGGAGAGCAGGAAGCCCUUCUUCCACUCCAGCUUUUUCUGCUGGUGCAUUGGAUGCCAGAGGGACAUGCGGCAUUCUAGCCUGGCCAUAGCAGACCCUGGGGCUCUUUUGUCAGUGCAUGCUGAAGAGCAAGCUGUGCCUGGAUGAAUGUUUGACCUGUUUCUAUUCAAGAGGCGACAGGAAAGGGUUGUGUCACCCACUCCCAGCCCCAUUCAUCCGUUCUUCAUCUGCAGUAAGGACUUCCCUUAUUUUAUUUUAAGAAAAAUGGAAAACGUGGUACUAUUUGAUUUUCAUACUGCAGGCUAAGGGAUGCUGUGAGCAAACACAUGCGCACAAUUGGCACGCAUGCGUGCACACGAGGACUGAGAAAGAGCCUGUUUGGCCGGCAAAGCUUGUAAUGUGCCCCUUGUGGAUUUCCCCCAGGAAAUGCUUUACUCUGUUCGCCAGAUGGCAUGGAAAGCAGGCAGCCUGGUACACCAGAAAGCCAAAGGGUGGGGUGGGGGUGGGAGAGCAGCUUUUGGUGAGUUAAAAAAAACAAAAACACCCCAAACCUGCGAUCACUAAUCUCUGCUACAGGAACUGGCACUUCCUUCUGAUUUAAGCAUCACUGACUUAAAAAGGAAUUAAAUGGAAGAGCCGCUGGCUGUACGCUGUGAUGGAUUCUAUGCCCUCAUCUCCAGGGCACAAUUCUGAUUAUCACAAAGAAGACACAGAUGUUGCUGGGGAGUGGAAACUCUUGCGAUUUAAAGCAGGGGAGGCUUUAAUUGAAAAGAAAAGCUGCAUAUUCUAUGAACAGUGCUGUUGUUGUUUAUACCUGUAAGCUGUGCUUGGCUUUGAUGGAUUGAUGGGAGCAUAAGACUGCAGUCACCACCACCACGGUUAGAAUUUCACCUCCAUUUCGGCAGAAAGGCUUGUGAAGUGUUACUGUGAACCCUGACCUACAGGUAAAUCUAGAGACAGCCUAAUGUAAGCUUUGAUCAUAGCACUGCAGGAAGCAUUCCCUCAAUUUCUGAACAUUUGCGUCUUGUUCUCCCCACCCCACUCCUUUGCAGUCAGGUGUUUCCGCUGCCCGUGAGGCCAGGUCUUUAUAGUAAGGAUGGGGAACCUGGACCCCAAUUCCCAUCAUCCAUAGCAUUGGCCAUGCUGGCUGCAAGUUGGGAGUCUGACAUCUGGAGAGCCACAGGUUCCACCCCCACUCCUGCUCUACAACUUAACUCUUCCUGUUUUCCUAAAGCCUGGAGCAGAUCGUUGUCAGUGUGGUGGUGGUAGAUUUAGCCAAGGUUUCUGUGCAAGGGGAAAUUUGCUCAGUAGACUGUAGUUCUCAGCUGGUUUCCUCUCCCAUCAAGAGGAAUUCCUUUCCUGUAAGUGAAAAGGACAACUAAAGGAUUAUGUGAGGCUAAGGCAUGCUAUUUCUGUCACAUUAGCAGCUAAAGGCUAAAGGCUGUGAAAGAAACCAGGCCAGGCUCUCGUUUAGUUUGGGCGGGGUGAGCUCUGAGCAAGCAAAAGCGUUUCCUAUUUUUACAACUGUGUGUAUGUGCAUACAUUCCUGAGGGGAGAGCUGAGUGGACAGGCUCUUGUGGAGGCAUUUUUGAGCAUCUUAAAUAUGUAGUGCUUUAAUGCCUUUCACUUACUACACAGUCUUUGCAGAGGAGAGAAAACCCAAGAGCAUCCUCUAUAUAGAGCACAGCUGCUGGAUGUCUUAUCUACUAACCCCACCCCCCAAAAAAUCAAGAUUUUUUAAAGCUAAACGGUGUGUUUUCCUCCAGUGUACCUCAGGAGACUUAUUGGCAUACUAUACACCACUUAUUCUAUAAUGUGUUCCAGUUUAAAUUGGUGAAUAGUGUAAGAAGGGGACAGUAGCAUUCCGUGGCAAUGGCAGCAGGGAGGGAAACGGAGUAUGAAGUAAUCUCAUUUCCUUUUGUAGAGGCCUGUAGAAAGCAACCUCUGCAGAGGCAGCUAGGGUAGUUGCAGGAGGAAGGGAUGUAGCAUAAGUCCUGCAUUGAUUCGAAGCAAGAGUGUCCUCCUCUAAGCAUCCUGGUACCAAAAAUGGCCAACCAGAUGUUUUGCACAGCCCAUAGCAGGGUGUGAAAGCAACAGCUCUCCCUUACUGUUUGCCUCCAACUCCAAUUCUGCAAAUGGAAGUGUAACUAAGAAGUGUGGUAGUACAACAUAAUGUGGCACUUCUGUUCAGUGUUCCAGUUACUCCAUUCCCUCCCCUGACUGCCCCACCCCAACCAUUCACUCUUUUAAAACCAUUUCAAGCCCACUGGAACAUGCUCAGUCUUCAUUGGCCUGUAUUGGAUCCACCCUGCAUUGGAGUGUUGUUGGUGUGGUGGUGGAUACACUCGUGCCCAAUUCCAGUCUAUGGGCUGCUCUCACUUUUGUCACUGGGAACAUUUAAAAUAAUUACUCAGGGUGGAACCAGCAAUUGGAUAACCCAGAUAAUCAGGUUUCCUUUUGUGUGUGUCGCCAAAUCCCUGUUUCAUGGAGAAUGUGCAGGUUUGUGACUGUAUGAAUAAAAAAUUGAGAGGACAGUAUAUUACUUCUGAACCUGGGAGUUUUGUUUAGCCAUCAUAUGACUACUGUGGCUGCUGCUAAACAUGGCCUCCAUAAAUUUGACUAGGCCUGCAUUAGAACCAUCAACCAAAGGGUCAACACAUUUUGUGGCUCAAGCGCCAUAAAUCAUGUGCUGUAGGUAGGGUUGGGCAACACCAGCUUUUCAACAUUGAGCUGCAUCGCCAGCCAAACAUCGUGGUGAUAUACCGAGAUGUUGAAAAAGCAAGCUGCAUUGGCCUCUGCCUGUGAGGCACCUAGUGAAAGUGCCCCAGUUCUCACCUCGGGAACUGAUGCGGUUUCACCCAGACACUCAUGGGCUGGGACAACACAGCUUGUUUGUGCAGCUCAGCUGGGGCUCGGGCAGGUUUUCCCCUCCCCAGCUGAGACAGCCCCUGCGCUCCUGCCGCUCACAGGUGAAUGGGCAGAGCAUCGGGGCUCCUUUAACUGCUCAGCUGAGGCAAGAGCAGCUAUAAACUCCUCAGUCGAGCAGUUUAAAGAUGCAGAGGGAGGAACAGUCUGUAUCAGCGCCUCGCCAAUACAGCUUGUAUGAGGGCAGAGUGCAAUGGCGGUUCCACUCAGCAGUAUAUCACUGGUGAAACCACCACCGCUCCUGAGUCCCUCUGCUAAGCAGCGCCCACUGGACGAACUCUUGGCUCCCUCCAGCAGAUGCUGAUAGCAGACGGACUCAGGAGCGGUGGCUGUUUCACCGCUCAGUGGAACUGACAUCGCGCUCUGCUCCUCAUAUAUCGCCCAGGCCUAGCUGUAGGAAGUCCUGUUGGCUGUUGUGAAUCUAUUCCUUUAUCAGUUUCAGUGGGUAACCUGAGCUCCAGUACAGUAUGAAAGGGAAAGGGGAGGAAAUGCUCACUCUAACCUUCUACCCAUUGCACCCUUUGAUAUCCUAUUUUCUCCAUGUCAUUUCUUUCCUUAUGUUAAUAACCCCAAACACUUUAUCCUUUCUUAAUUGGGAAGGCGUUUUCAUUGCUUGAUCAUAUUGACUGCACUUCUCUGCCUCUUUUCUAGCUUUGUGAUGUCCUUGUUGAGUUGGCAUGACCAGAACAUGCAUGUAGUAGUCUAGAGGUGGUUGCCCCUUGGUUUUAAGAAAGACAUUAUUAUAUUGGCCAUUUUCAGGCCAUUUCCAAACUGGGCGCAGCAUGGAAUCUGCCUUCAUUCCUACACAGCAAUGCCAUUUUUAUUGUGUCAUCCAUUAUGUCGGCAAGUUUGAGUCCCAGGUCAGUUUAGAAUUCUAACAGCAUAUAUGUGAUGUUAUUUUUUUGCCUCAUUGUGCACUAUUUUACAUUUACGUUUGAUUUCAUAUGCCAUUCUGUUGGUUAUGAAAUACGUAGUAGGAAGGCCAGUUUGGGGCAUCUCACACUUGUCACCUCCCUGCAAAAUUGUUAUCUUCCACACUUGACCUCCAGAACACUUAUGAGUAAAUGAAGUAGCGGCACUCCCAUCACAGGUCUUUGGCAUGGCAUAGUACUUACCUCCUUCUCCUCCUGUGAUAACAGUCUCUUCUUUCUACCUGUGGAGUCCUGCUCGUCAACCAAAUCUUGAUGCAAAAGAGGAUCUGUCAUUUUAUCCCAAGACAACUAAGUUCAGGCAGAGGCCUUAGGGAAGUUAUGUCACCAAAAGUAAAUGGUGCCUAUAAGAUCACUUCUCUAGCUAUUUGGUUAACCCCCAGAUGCUUCUUAAAAUGUUAGGGAAGCAAGACUUCAACUUGUACAAGCCAUGCUUGUGCUACCUAUAUAAAGCGUCUUGUUCUACGUCAGGGUUGGGGAACCUGUGGCCAUCAGCUUCUGCUUGACUCUAACUCCCCAUUAGUCCCUGGCUGUAUUGCCAGCAGUCAGGGAUGAUGGGAGUUGUAUUCCAGUGACACCUAGAGGGUCACAGAGAGGAGUGUGUGUAAAAAUAAUUUACAGUGCAAAGGUAUAAUUUAUAUAAGCUGCCUCACCCUCUAUUUAGUGUUUAUCAUCACCCCUAGAAAGGAAUGACAGCCCUCAGACUGAAAAUGGUUCUUCAUCCCUGUUACAGACACAAGGCAUAGAAAGCACAUGUGCAUAGUAAUUAACACAUGUGUAGAUCUCAGCAUUUGCUGGUCUUACAAGUAAAUAAGCCACUAGCUAGCUAGCCUCCGCUGCAGCAGCUUCUAUGUAGUGAUUUCAUGAAAUGUGGAUUGAUCCUUCUGCCUCAUCUAAUUAAGAGUAGUUGAGUGUCUGGUUGAAUUUUUAUUUAUCCAGAAAGGCUUGCCUGUGGGAACUACUUUUCUAGUUCAGUGAUUGACCAAAGAACCUACAUUCUAGCACUGAGAAGCUGUCGGUGUGUCCCAUCUCUCUCCAGCCUGCAUCCAUUGCUUAUUCCUAAUCAUUCACGCUUUGGGGCUGUGUUUACUCAGCCAAAGGAGAAUACUAGUAAGCGAGGACAGGGGAUGGGAUAGAAUCACUAUGGAGACACAAUUACAAAAACAAGACAGCUUGGACAGAUAGCAAACACAGAUACCAUUAUGCUAGGGGGUGUCAAUGUGGUGACUUACCGAGAUUGCUGAACCAUCCCUGACUACUGGUCAUGUUGAUUGGGGUCGAUAGGAAUUGGAGGGCACCAUGUUGGCUACCACUACAAAUGAGAUAGCUACAUACUAGUUCAGACAAAGUUAAUCAUGCAAAACGUUCCACUGAAAUCAAUGGGGCAAUUUGGGCUAAGCAACCACUGGGUCUCAAUUCAAUCAAUAAUAACAUAUCCUGCUGAUUUCAGUGGGUCUUAAGGCUGAUUAAAUAGCUGGAUUAGCAUUAUUAAAUUCCCACAAUUUUUUUUCCCAUGGUCCAAACCCAGAAUUCUCAAAUUCGCUCACUUUAUUCUGGAUUCAAGAUUUUGGGAGGCCAAUUACAAAAUGUCCUUGUUUCUCUCUCUCUUAUGUUAAUGGAGAGAAAGAGGAGGCAAGACACUGCUGCACACCAAUUUUGAAGUGAGAAGAGUAUAUGGAGAUCUCUGGGUUAGGAGUUCUAAGUAAGGAGAUAAGCUUUCCCCAUUUCCAGUUGGGUCCUUAAAAAGCCAACUGAGGAAAAGUUCCCAUUCAAAAGCAGAUUCUCCCCAGAUCUAGAACUUUGUUUCCAUGGAAUCCAAGAUGCUGUUGCAGGUGGUGUGUUGGGAGAUAUUCCGAGAUACUUCAUGGUUGAGAAUAUGGACUUUCUUUUAAGCACUGUCUUUAUAGCUUAAAGGAUCUUUCACAAAACCCUGAAAUUGUAUUGUAUCUUGAGCAGUAUGAGGGAUAUAUGUAUAUAAAAUACAGUAAAUUGA